AUGGGCAUGAAAGGCCGGGGUAGACCCCCUCCCAAUGCGGGACUCGAAGAGUCGAAGCCUGCCAACAAGAUGCGCCGUCAAAUGAUGCACAUCAAGCGCAAGAGAGAGAAGGACUCAACGCGCCGAGCCGAGCGAUAUGCUUUCAAAAAGGAAGAAUCUAAGAACCCCAAAUUGAAGGAGGAACGUUUGAAGCGCAAUGUCCCAUUGACUCUCGACCGUAAGCGAGUCUGGGAUGAGGCCGACAACGACGCUGAGGAGAGUGGACUGGGUCUCAGUGUCGACGUCGAACGCAUCAAGCGCGCCAAAAAGGAAGAAGAGGAUGAACUGAACCGACCCUUGGAGGAAGGCGAGGAUGAUAGCGACGCACUCGAGUCCGACAACGAAUCAGUCGACAGUAUGAUUGCCAGCGACAGUGAAGACGAGGACGAGGAUGAGGACAAUGAAAAGGAGGACGCCAGCCGCGGGCGAAGCAAGUCGACACUGCCCACUGCCACCGAGCGUGCUACCAGCCCAACGGAGACAACAAAAAGCACAAACUUGAACCUUGCGCCCGAAGCGCUCGCUGCCAAAUUCCCCACUCUCUUCUCGUCAGAGCCUCCUCCUACGCCUAAAGUCCUCAUCACAACCUCCCUCAACUCGACUCUCCACAAGGAAGCCGAAACUCUUACCGACUUCUUCCCUAACAGUGUUUACAUUCGUCGCACCGCGCACCGCUACUCCCACAAGUUCUCUAUCCGCGAGAUCUCCAAAUUCGCCGCAAACCGGAACUUCACCACCGUGCUCGUGCUGAACGAGGACCAGAAGAAGCCUAGCGGUAUGACAAUGGUGCACCUGCCUGAAGGUCCUACCUUCCAUUUCUCCAUCAGCAACUGGAUCGAGGGCAAGCGAUUGCCAGGUCACGGUAAAGCCACCGAACACUGGCCCGAGCUGAUUCUAAACAACUUCCGUACUCCGCUUGGUCUCCUGACCGCGCACGUGUUCCGGACUCUGUUUCCCUCACGUCCUGAAUUCCAGGGUAGACAGGUCGUGACUUUGCACAACCAGCGUGAUUACAUUUUCGUCCGCCGUCACCGUUAUGUCUUCCGUGAGAAGCGUGAAACAGAGAAGGCCGUCGUUGGGGCCGAUGGCAAGGAGAUUGCAGGUGUGGAGGGAAUCCGUACCGGUCUGCAGGAACUUGGCCCACGUUUCACACUGAAGCUGCGUCGUGUGGAUAAGGGUAUCCAGCGAGCCAGUGGACAAGAGUGGGAGUGGAAGGGUGGAAUGGAGAAGGUCCGCACGAAGUUCCAGCUGUGA